AUCCUUUCUUGGUUAUGUGGCCUUGCAUUGUAUAGCUCUAGACUGUGAAGAAAUGGCUUCCAAGGCAGGAGGGAAGAAGCCAAUGGCCAACAAGUCCAUUGCAGCACCACAGGUGGCCUCCAAGGCAGCAGGGAAGAAGCCAUUGACAAACAAAUCCAUUUCAACAGAACAGGUGGUUCCUCUGGCAGAGAAAAAGCUCCCCAUGGGGGAAAGCAGAAAGAAGGGCAGAAAGCAGAAGAAGCUGAGGGAGACAUUCAACUGUUACAUAUAUAGGGUUCUAAAGCAGGUCCAUCCAGAUGUGGGUAUUUCUAGGAAGGCCAUUGGGAUCAUGGACUGUUUUGUGAAUGAUAUCUUUGAUAAACUUGCAGGUGAAGCCAUCAAGCUCUCCAUUCACAGUAAGAAGACAACAAUCAGUGCCAGGGAGAUCCAAACAUCUGCAAAACUCAUGCUUCCUGGAGAACUUGCAAAGCAUGCCAUUUCUGAGGGUGUCAAGGCUGUUACCAGGUUUAGCACUGACUGAUUCUGGGUCUUUGUGUUAAGGAUGUUUUAGGGUUUUACUUUUUGUGUUAAGGAUGUUUAGGGUUUUCAGUUAAGUAAAUAAAACUCCAUCUGACAAUGGUGGUGACGCUCAGAUAGAAAUGGGUAGUUUUAUUAAUAUUAUGUUUUGUCUACAUUAUCGUUUAUAAACUGAUGGUAUCUAUAUUUAGAAAAAGUGGGUGGUAAAAAGUGGUAUUCUUAUAAAGUGAGGAACUGUGAACAAAAUCCAGGAUCAUCCAGUUUAUCCCAUAUGAUUAUAGAAAACUGAAUUUUUAUA